UCACUUCCGGUCGGGUAGCUGAGAGAGCUGCUUGUUCGCGCAGGCGGGAAAUCGCUUUUUGCCGCUGUGAGCCCGGGGAGGUCUGCUCACUGACUGACUGGCCCCUGAACCUGUCCCUCCCACCCCCCGCCUGCCACAGAACGUGGAGCAGGCUGUGUUUCCAAACAGAGCGUGCGGCCAUUGCCUUAGUGCUCGGCAACCAUGAGCGCGGCCACGGGGGAAGAGAUCAUCCGCAUCGCCAGGAAAAUGGAGCGGAUGGUGCAGAAAAAAAACACGGUGGGAGCUCUCGAUCUGUUGAAGGAACUUAAAAGUCUGCCUAUGACCUUGGAACUUCUUCAGUCCACCCGGAUUGGAAUGUCUGUGAACGCCAUCCGCAAACAGAGCUGUGAGGAAGAAGUGACUUCUCUAGCAAAGGCUCUUAUAAAAUCCUGGAAAAAGCUAUUGGAUGGCCCCUCUGGUGAUAAAGAACAAGAGGAAAGGAAAAAGGAGCCUGCCCUUCAACCCCAGAGCAGUCCAGAAGUGAAAGAAGAGAGCAGUUCCAGUAGCAACUCCGGCAUCCGGAAAGAAGAAUGUCCACCCCCCUCUGAUGGAUUUCUUACCUCAUUUCCACGAGCACCGAGCACUUCCGAUUCAGUACGGAUAAAAUGUAGGGAGCUAUUGGCUACAGCUCUCAAAACAGGAGAUGACUACAUUACUAUUGGUGCAGAUGAUGAGGAGUUGGGGGCUCAGAUCGAGGAAGCAGUGUUCCAAGAGUUUAAAAACACAGACGCAAAAUACAAAAACAGAGUGCGAAGCAGAAUUGCAAACCUCAAAGAUGCAAAGAACCCAAAUCUGCGAAGAAAUGUCCUAUGUGGCAACAUUGCUCCUGAUGUAUUUGCUAGAAUGUCUGCAGAGGAAAUGGCAAGUGAUGAAUUAAAAGAAAUGCGGAAAAACUUGACCAAGGAAGCAAUCAGAGAGCAUCAAAUGGCACGGACUGGAGGCACAGAGACUGACCUGUUUACUUGUGGCAAAUGCAAGAAGAAGAAUUGUACUUACACACAGGUUCAGACACGCAGUGCUGAUGAACCUAUGACGACAUUUGUUUUCUGUAAUGAAUGUGGAAACCGGUGGAAGUUUUGCUGAAAGGAUACUGUUGCAACCUCUUUCGUGACCUGGAAGAGACUUUUUUUGUAAUUUGGUAAAUCAAGUAGUUUUCUGAAAAGAGAAUUUUUUAAAACAUGGAUUCAAACCACAUGGAUAUUUUUGGGGUUUUAUGUCACAAUCACUAGUAAAUAAAUCAUCUUCCUUUUCCCAAAAGGAAGAGAGAGCCCCAAUUUUUAUGGUGCGUGCAGAGGGGUUUAAUUUUUAUAACUGUCACCAUUAAACUUUUACCAAUAAUGCUA